CUACAUGUACGCGGGCAUGUGCUUCCUGAUAACUUGCAGCCUAGUGUCUCAGUUUGGAGUUUGUUUCUGGCGUUUAGUGAGUAGCUGAAGCUUCUAUCAUAUCCCAGUCACUGACAUUGUGCCGUUAUGCCUGAUAAAGGUUUUUGCAGGCGAGAAUGCGCUGCGAGUAUUGCUGCGACGCGAUCUUAGUACGAGUUGACUAGGUCGUCUUCUAUCCGCUGUUGAGAACGAGUUAGCGACGAUUUCCGGUACCUCGGUCCUGGCCUGAUGGUUACACGACAGAUAGAGUUUUAAUAAGGCUUUUGUAGAAUUGACAGGGUUAAUAUUGAGUACUCUUAGCAGAUAGAUGGCGGAGGCAGCGGCUGCAGCAGUAGUGUCGCGACGACAUCACGACGAUGCAGCAGGCGACGACGACGACGAAAUUGAUGCGUCAUCGUCGCACAGGAGUCCCCGAACGAGCAUAGAACGCCAUUCGCCGGGGAAUUCUCGAUUUCACAAGCACUCGUCACUCGCUAAAUCCGGCUCCCUUCCCAAGUCCGGCUCGCUUCCGAAUUCUGGUUCGCUGUCCAAGUCAGCGUCCGACGCGUCGACCGAUCCCACCUCGCCCGCUUACGCGACCCGAGGCUCGUUCCCGAAGUCAUCCUCGUUAUUAGACGACCCCGCUAAGUUUGAGGCGUAUGAGCAGCUUAACCGACAACAGGCGAAAAACUUGAGCCCUGGGGCUGGAGGCCGCCUUCCCAGGCAAGACAGCUCCAGCGGCGGCUUCUCCUCCUCCCCGCCGCCUCGCUCCACGUCCAAUCAUGCUCCCUCGCACCAGGGACCUCCAGGGUCGCUGGAGUUAUUGGCACUACCUAGGGUGCCAGGGCCUCUUGGGUUAUCCGGACAUCAUGCAUUAGUGGGGGAUGGGGGGAAUGGGGGACGGGAGGAAGCAGGGAUGAAACAGACUAAGGAGCCAGUCGCCCCCAACGCCCCACCAGUAGUGUCAGAUUUAGGACUCGAACCCAGGACUUCUGCUCCUUUUGCGUCUGCAUCUGGGUCCGGCAUGGCUGCAGAAGCAGCAGCGACAAUGGCAGGAGCAGCAGGGAGGCACCAACCGGCGCAUUCAUUCCCACGCUCCUCCCUGAAGCAUCCCAGCGCUAUGGCCAGUCGCUCUGGGUCAUCCUGCUGCUGCUCCCCCUCCUCCUCCUCCUCUUCCCCUAGAGUGAAGAGGAGUGUGCGGUGGGCGUUAGAGGAGGGAGGGGAGAGUGACGGGGAAGAUGUGCCUCUAUUGAAUGACGAGGAGGUGGAGCGGAUGGAUGAAGAGGUCAUUCAGGCCCUGUUCGAGCGCGUGGCGGAGGCGCAGAGCCAGCUGCACAGCUACAAGAACCUGGUGGUUUUCUCGCUCUUCACAGCGCUCUACCUCCUCAUGCUCUGCCUGCAGGCCCAAUCCUUCCGGAGCUACCAGGUGGCCGCAGCCCACUCCAUCCUGCUGCCUCCGGACUAUUCGGGUGACUCUAGCUACUCUUUCGCCAGCAGCAGUGACUUCUAUACGUGGCUCAACGACAGCAUUAUUCAGGUCGUGUGGUCGGACCCCCAAUGCGGCGACGGCACAUGCACCCCCCCCACGGAGUUCCCUGCAGUGGGCCGCUUUGGCUGCGCCCAGGACUGCGGUGAGGCGCGCAACGUAACGGCGGUGACGGUGGCGCUGCGCUGCCACUUCGCGUCGAGGGAGGCCAUGGCUGCGAGCUCGUGGAAUCUGUGCUCCACCGCCAUCCGAGACGUGUGCUGGUUCCAGGACCCCCAGCCGUUCACGGAGAUGACAGGCUGGCACACGGUGACCAUGCGACUGCCCGACAACGACUGGUUUGUGUCCCUCACCGCCCCUAAUGGCGGUGUGGGCGUGUACGUGUACGAUUCGAUGGCCAAGACCCGCUCUCGAGAGGCAGAGCCUGCCUACUCGGGUGUCAAUAGCACGGCUGCGGAAGUCUCUGCUCUGCCGACACCAGCAGCACCGACACCACCACCAGCAGCAUCAGCGUCAGCAGCACCGUCAGCAGGCGCAGCAGCCCCAUUAGCAGCAUCCACCAAGGCGUAUCUGCGCCCCUCUAAUGGCACGGGCGCCAAUGUGCUGCUGGCGUCCGUUGAUGGGUGCGUGGUGGAUGGGGAGAGCAACCUGCAGCGGUGCAGACAGACGUGUGCCAUCUGGACUCUUUGUCUCCCGCAGCUGUGCACCAAAGGCAGUGCCAACAGCAGCAGCAGCAGCAGCAGCAGCAGCAGCAGCAGCAGCAGCAGCAGCAGCAUCAACAGCAGUGCUGGCACCACCCCUUCUCUGCCCAUGCGGGUGGCCUCCUUGGCUCUGGGCAGCUGCUUCCAGGCGUGCAAUGCCAUGCUGCCAGGGACCUCCUUUGAGCACCCCAACAACGUUUCCUGCUCUCAGGCGUUCACCCUGUUUGAGGCGUCUCUUCAAACGCCUUCCUGCACCGAUAUGCUCGCUGGGGCCCUUGGGUCUGCCGGCUCUCAGGCAUCCACAGCAGCAGCAGCAGCAGCAGCUGGAGAGGCAUCAGAAGUAAGGGGCUCCUCAUCUGCCCGUCUGCUUCUCGAUGCUUUUGCCCCUGCUGACAGCAGCGGCAGCGGCAGCGGCAGUGUCAGCGAUUCACCAUCAUUUCCAGACACCCCCUGCAUGCAUGGCAUCAGCACAUCUGCUCCCGAGCGCUCUUUGCCCUCCCCGCACCUCUCUUGGCCUGCUGGGUUUCACCCGAAUCGCUGGAGUGACAUGGCUUCUGUGCAACAGCGCCACCAGCAGCUGAGGCAGCAGUUGCAGGAGGAGUGGGUGCAGCGGCACAGGGGCCGGGAGACGGAGAGGGAGCAGCACAGGCCCCACCCACCCAAUGCCAGCAGCGCCAGUGGGCGCACCUCUGAGGCGCCUGAAAUGAGUGCCAGCGCCCUGAGCUCCACACGCCAGCUCUUCGCCUCCGCUCCCCCAUCAUUCUUCCCAGCCGCCUCCACUCCGCCAAUCACAGAUGCCCAGCUGCUUGUCUGGGAGAGCCUUGGGACCUCCGAUGGCGAGCGAAUCAGGGCGUGCCAGGUGGCGGUGGCACGCACCCUAUACACUACAGUGAAGGAGAGCUGCUUGGCCGGGCCGACCAAUGGGAACGGCAACAGUGGCAGCGAUAAUAGCAGCGGUGGCAAUGAAAACAGCAGCAGGAACAGUAACAGCAGCAGCGGCAGCAAAAUCAGCAGCGCUAGUAGCAGUAGCACGUUGCUGGCAUCGUCCCCAGCCAAGAGCCUCUCCCUCGCCUCCCGCAGCCGCCUCGUUGCUUUCCUCUGCACGCUCUUUGCUGGGCCUGUGGCCUCACACCCCCGCUGCAACUUCACGGAAGGUUCCUCCGGGCGGCAGUUGAAGGACCAGGCAGAGCUGGUGGAUUACAUUCGAGCGACGCACCGCAGCCCGUCUCGGCGCUUCUCUGCCGCCCAGCAGUCUCUCUUCGUCCGUAUUCUCGUCAUGGCCCUGCAGUCAGUCGUGCAGAAGAUGCCAAAUGAUGCCGUCCAGGCUGCCACCCGCCUGCUGCACGUCUUCAAUGAUGCCGUGAUCUCCCCAGACGCCUCGUCUUGCCCUGCAGCGGACUUCAUAGUGCUGUGGGACUCAUCUUCCUACUCCCGCCGCCUCAUUUCCGACGGCCAGCGGAUCACGUGGGUGUGGAACGACGACGACUACCACGAGCUGCGAGUUCCGGCAGGCACCGAGCCGUUUCUCGGGUUUGGAGCGGGUCGGCUGGGCCUUUCACGGCUUGCCACGUGUGCGUGGGACAACAUCGGGCCCAGAGAUGCCACGGACGAGCCUGCGCCAUGUGUGCUGCGAUCUCCCGAGGACGCCUCUUCCGCCCACUUCAGCUACACCAAGGUGUUUGGCCGCGCAAGGGACGGGACAGUCAGGGACUCGCCUCAGUCGCUGGCGUCCACACUCAUCCAAGCCAGGAAUGGCUCAGAGCCCCAGCCGCGCACCUCCCUCCUGCCCUACCAACUGCUGCUCGACACCCUCUGUGCCCCUGCGUGCCGCCUCGCCAUGCUGUCCAACGGCCGCUGCGACCACCCCUGCAACGUAGCUCCCUGUGACUUCGAUGGCGGAGACUGCGCGUGCGGUGGCGCUGGCAAGGGGGCCCUUGGGAGCAUCGCUGCUGGUGGUGCUGAUGGUGGUGGCAGCAGUGGGAGCAGUGGCGUGGGGGUGGGGGGAGCAGCGGAUGUGCUGUGGUGUGCGUGCCCGGUGCUGCAGAUGCGAGGGGAUGAUGGAGCAUGCUGUGAGGCGGCGGGCGUGGGCACGGGCAUCAAGGUGCCUUUCAGUCUGCGCAAGUUCGACCCCUCUGUGCAUUCCCUCGACUCCAUUCUGGGCAGCAGGGCCUCUGCGCUGCCUCGUGCCGUCUCCCAGUACAACAGGGUGCUGAUGGGCCUCAUCAUUGUACAGUACCGCUGGAACAACUCUGACUGUGCCACCAGCAGGUUUCACUUCCAGGACCUGUGCGUCACAGGCGAGUCAUCCAAGGCGUUCGGGGUGAACCCGGUGUUUCUGCCGUCCUCCUCGCUGUACAACGCCAAUGCCGCGGCCAACACCACCGCCUACACCAACGAAUCUUUCGCCAACCCCUUUGAGCUCAACGCCAAGGGGCUGCCCUAUGGCUUCCAGCAGCUGCCCGGCAGCACCCGCUUCCCGCUUGUGUUUGACGUGAAUCUCGACAACGGGGCAGCCACGCGGCGGCUGCAGUACCUGGUGGACGGGUACUUCAUUGAUAACUACACCAAGAGCAUCAAUGUCGUGCUCAUCACCCGCAAUGCCAACGAGCAACUGUUCACCGCCACCAGAGCCACCCUCACCCUCCAGCCGGGCGGCAGCAUGGACGCUACCUUCCAAAUCCAGCCAGUCAGCGUGGAGUACUACGACAUGAAUGAGACAAGCAACGUGAUACGGGUGGUCCUGGAGCUCCUGUUUGUGGCGGCGGUGGCUUGGAAUAUAGUGGAGGAGGUGAAGGAGAUGGUGUGGACGUGGAAGGUGCAGCGGCGGUCGUUCUGGCACUACUGGCGGCAGGGAUGGAACUGGGUGGACUGGCUAUCCAUCUCCAUCCAGAUCAUCUGCAUAAUCAUGUGGAUAUCAAUGGCAGCAGUGGCGGGGCAGCGCUUCUCCAUGCAGGCGCGCUACGACAUCUACUACACGCUCGACGAGUACCCGCGCUACUGGGCGCUCCCCAACCCGCCCUCGGGGUACCUGGCGGCCGUGGCGGCUGCGGACAGCCUUGGCAGCAUCAUCAACACGAGCUCCGCCUACUUUGCUCUCCAAGGAAUGAACGUCUUCAUCAUGGUGCUGCGCGUGCUGAAGCUGAUGGACUUUCAGCCGUACAUGGGCAUCAUCACGCGCUCCAUCCGCGUGGCGCUGCCGUCCAUCCUGCACUUCUUCAUCCUCUCUCUCACCGUCUUCAUGGCCUACGCCACCUACGGCUACUUGGUCUUCGGCAUCACCAUGCCACAGUUCAGCACGCUAUGGAUGUCAAUGCAGACAAGUUUCCUCAUCAUCCUGAACGACAAUAGCGUGCUCUACUUCUUCCAGCGCAUGCAAGGCUGGCAGUACGUGGCGGCCAUGAUCUUCUGGUUCUCCUUCGUCAUCAUCUUCUUCUUCGUGCUCUUCAACUUCCUCAUCGCCAUCAUCGUCGACGCCUUUAUGGACGUCAAGGAUGCAGCGGACAGUGCGUCAGCAAUAUACGAGGACAUGUGGCUCAUUGUGCUGCGCUUCUUCCGCCGCGUCUCCUCACCUUAUAGCGAGUACAGCCGCCUGCUCCGCCACCUGAUUCGCCUGGGGGCCGUGGACACUGCGCACACUGUCAUGGAGAAGAGCCUGUGGCAGUCGGCACAGCAGGGCUUUGGCACGAGCCUUCACCACAGUGGGGAGUUGAGACAAAGCAAGGGCCACAACAGCAGCAGCAGCAGCAGUGGCAUCAGGCACGGCAGCAGCAGUGGCAGCAGUGGCAGCCGUGGCAGCAGCAGUGUCAGCAGUGGCAAGGCAGGUACGGAGGGGGCAAGAACGGAGGAUGCUGUAGUUGAUUACGAAUCGGGGAGAGAUGGCACGAAGGAGGAAUGCAGGGAAGAAGACGAGGGGAAGCGGAGGGGCUCAGGAGUGAAGGCUGCGUCUUGCAAGUCUGUGCAAGCGCCGACCACGGAGGAAGUGGAGGCUACUGAUUUAAACGUGGCUGCAAGAGACCACAGGGAGAGAGACAACAGGGAGCUGCCAGGUGCUGGAGUCACCAGCUUCAAGGCACCCGCCAGCACCGCUGCGCAUGUUGAGGCCAGUGCCUCCCUUGCGGCUGUUGGCCCGUGCAGCGCUGACCGCCUAGCCCUGGAGGCACCUACCAGCGUUAGGGAAAAUGGCAGUGGGACGCGUGGCAUCAGCAGCAGCAGUCUCGCUAGCCGCGAAAGCAGCGGUGACGGUGGUGGUGAUGCUGGUGAUGCUGGUGGUGGUGACGAGGUAAUCGAUAACAGCAAUGGAAGCACUGGCAGUGGCAGAAGCAGCCCUAGCAGCCCCAAGAGCAAAGGUGGCGCAGGUGGCAGCAGUGGCAGGGGCGGAGGUGGUGGCAGCACGGUGGUGCGGGUGGUGCGGAGGCGAGUGAGCUUCUGGCGGAUGCAGUCACUGGAGGAGAGGCAGAGGGUGGUGGCCGUGGGGGGGAGGCACCUCAAUGCCGACUCGCUCUUGGCUAUACUGCAACGUGCGCACGCCAGGAAGCUGCGCUCGCUCGCCCACCCGCAUGACCUGCACUCCAUAGACCUGCCCGCUCUAGUGAAGGUGCUUCUAUCAGAGGUGGGAGAGAGCCUCUCUCGGAACGACCUGAUGGCGCGUGCGAGCACGGCGGGUGCCAUGUCGAGGCAGAAGAAGGACGCGCUGGCGCUGCAAGAGCGCAUGGACGCGCUGCACACCACCAUGGCGCACCGCUUCGACCAGCUCCAGAGCCAGAUGGCGGGUCAACUGGGGAGCGACGAUUGCCAAGUUGUGAGUCAGAGCCACGUUGCGGAUCAACUCCAGAACCAUGAUAGGCAGUUUGCGAGUGAACGCCAGAGGGAAAGUCAUCCCCAGCGGGCCCUUGGGCCUGGGCCGGACCACCUGCAGCGAGAGGUGGAUGCUGCCCGGGAGGAGGCUCGGCGAGAGGCCUGGGAACAGGCUCGGCAGCAGGUGGAGGAGGCUCGGCGGGAGGCGCGGGAGGCGAGGGAGGACGCACGGGAGGCGAGGGAAGAGGCUCGGAGGGAGCGAGCAGAGGUUCGGGCGAUGCUGCGUGAACUGAGAAGGGAGCUCCAGCUGCAAGGGGCAGCGAGGGGGGAGGGGAGAGAGCGUGGAGAAGCGGGGAGUGCGUGAUCUAGAUAGAAUACUUGCUCAAAGGGAGGGACGGGAGAGCGGUCGAGGCACAUGGUAAGCUGGCUGCUGUGCUGUGGAUGUGGCUGGAGCUCGUCUGGGGAAUGAUCGAGCAGGAGCAGAGAGGCACGUAACGGUGUUGUUUCCGUGUUCAGGUGAUAUGCUGAAGGGGUUUCACGGGCACCUGCUCCUGCGUGCUCUUGCCGUUGUCCUCGCAAAACAUUCUCCUUCGACUGGCUGUUGCCAGGUGGCACUUCCUGUGUGGGCCGGUUUCUUCCUAGAAAUGUGUAAGUUAUUUUGAGGUGCCUCUGAUUGGAUACACCGUGCACGACACCA